CGACUCGGAGCAAGUGCAACCGAUUUCGUUUCGAUACCAGCCUGGCGGCUCAAUUAGCCGUCCAGUUCCAAUCAGCCUUUCCAGCGUGCAGUUCUUCGUGUCAUCGACCGUUAUCACUACGUUCGCCGCAACGAAUUCACGACACGCUAAAUAGUCGGCAUCGCGUAUGCAUAAUCGUGGCAGCAUCGAAGCCUGAACUUCAUCGACCGGCUGAGUUUACUCUUCAUCUUUAUCGAUUCAACCCGCUGUUGAUCCUUGGUUCCGUAACAUCUUGCAGUUUCAAGCUUCUUCGAGUCAUCUCGCAUCGAUCUCUUUCACGAAGUCUGCUCGAGAUCAGGUAGAAAUUUGCGUCGUUCUCCGCUUCGAGUGGAUGAAUCGCACGAGGAACAAUCGGCAAGGCCAAUUAGCCACGAACUGAUUCAAAGUAUUUCAAAGUCUGACGUCGAUUCCGCACUCGUUCCGCAUACGACUCCCCACUACCCAGCGGAAGUUUUCGCGGCCAAUCCGUGGACCGGGUGGCUAGGGCUUGCUACGAAAUCCUUGUCGAUCGUAUAAAAGCAAGAAACGCAGUACCAUGUUGCCGAGAAUCGAUCCGAUACGUUGGUCAAGCUUCGCCAGCAACGUUUUUCGGUUUGGUAAAAAUUUCACCACAGUUCCCUCCGGAGGAACCUCCGUCGCUUUUCGGAGGAGUCUCCACUACUUGAGACCGAUCAACGCGUUCAGUACCAAACGGCAACAAACGGCGCGUUUCUCAAUUCUUAAACAUCGAACGGUUUCUCCGAAUACCAUCGAAAUGCCGCACGCAGUUGACGUUUACUAUCCACAAGUGACCACGUUCGCUACCAAUGUAGCAAAGAACCCGUCCGUCAGCAGUACUUACACGUACAUUGGAAAAACACCGUUGCUAAAUACUCUGACUGAACCCCUUGCCCCGAAACUUAGUUCAUAUAUCGAGGAAUGCGCAGCUCUUUGCUGUCCGAAAGAUAUCUACAUCUGCGAUGGAAGCGACGCAGAAUACAAUCACCUGUUGAAGCUUUUAGAAAAGAGCGGAACGAUUACACGUUUGCCGAAAUAUGAAAACUGCUGGCUUGCAAGAACGAAUCCAGCGGAUGUAGCGCGCGUCGAGAAACGAACAUUUAUCAGCACGGAAUCAAAACGUGAUGUGGUUCCAAAAACUCGUGACGGUGUCGUCGGAACACUGGGCAACUGGAUUUCCCCGACUGAUAUGAAUAAAGCUGUCUUAGAACGUUUCCCAGGAUGCAUGAAAGAUCGCACAAUGUACGUGAUUCCCUUCAGCAUGGGACCAAUGGGUUCGCCUCUAUCAAAAAUCGGAAUUGAAAUCACAGACUCUCCGUACGUCGUCUGUUCCAUGAAAAUAAUGACCAGGAUGGGUAAAAAAGUGUUGGAUAUCCUCGGUAACGACAAUUUCGUCAAGUGUCUACAUUCCGUCGGUGUUCCAACGUCUGAUUCGAAAGUUGAUGUUAACCAUUCUUGGUCCUGUGACCCGGAGAGGACCAUAAUCCUUCACAAACCCGCGACAAAUGAGAUAGUUUCAUACGGGAGUGGUUAUGGUGGUAAUUCUCUGCUCGGUAAAAAGUGCUUCGCUUUGAGAAUCGGUUCCACUAUCGGGAGAUCCGAAGGGUGGCUCGCCGAGCACAUGCUUAUACUGGGUAUCACGAAUCCGAAAGGUAAAAAGCGGUACGUUGCCGCGGCGUUCCCCAGUGCCUGCGGGAAGACCAAUCUGGCUAUGAUGCAGCCGACGUUGCCCGGGUACAAAGUCGAAUGCGUUGGCGAUGACAUCGCUUGGAUCAGUUUCGAUCAAAACGGCAGACUUCGUGCCAUAAACCCGGAGUAUGGAUUCUUCGGUGUGGCUCCUGGUACCAGCUCUGCCACCAAUCCCAACGCUAUGAAGACCAUCUUUAAAAAUACUAUCUUCACCAACGUGGCGGCUACCAGUGACGGUGGAGUGUAUUGGGAAGGACUGGAAAAAGAAAUUAGCAACGAUGUCGAAAUCACAGAUUGGCGAGGCAACAAAUGGACCAAAGAAUCCAAGACACCCGCAGCGCAUCCAAACUCCAGAUUUUGUACCCCGGCCAAGCAGUGUCCCAUCAUCGAUCCUAAUUGGGAGGAUCCAACCGGCGUUCCGAUAGACGCGAUCCUUUUCGGAGGUCGAAGACCGGAGGGUGUACCUCUAAUAUACCAAGCUAGGAAUUGGCAGCACGGAGUUUUCAUCGGAGCUUCGAUGAGGUCUGAAGCUACGGCCGCGGCGGAGCAUCAAGGCAAGGUAAUCAUGAAUGAUCCGUUCGCAAUGAGACCCUUCUUCGGGUACAAUUUCGGACACUAUCUCGAUCACUGGCUGAGCCUAGCUAAAGUACAAAAUGCCAAACUGCCGACGAUAUUCCACGUGAACUGGUUCAGAAAGAACGCGGAAGGAAAAUUCCUUUGGCCAGGAUAUGGCGAAAAUUCACGCGUGUUGGAUUGGAUUCUUCGUCGAAUAGACGGCGAAGACGUCGCCACGGACUCUCCCAUAGGUUUUCUUCCCAAAUUCGACUCGUUCAAUUUAGAGAACAUGAAGACAAAGAUUGAUAUGCAGGAAUUAUUUAGAAUACCGAAAAGUUUCUGGCAGAAGGAAGUAGCGGACCUUAGAGAAUACUUUGACGCGCAAGUUGGGGACGAUUUACCCGCAACGAUUCGUGCAGAGCUUGACCAGCUUGCUUCUAAUAUUGAACAACUUAAAUAAAAUCGUCUCGAUUCUGGAUUUUAAUUAAAUUUAAUCAACGGAAUACCUUUCGUUAUUUAAAAGAAUAAUUUUUCUAAGGUUCAAUAAUCUACUGCAUUGAGAUUUACUUUGAAUAUUAUAACAACACAUAAUAUUAUCUAACGUAUUCUGUUCUUUUAAUAGUGAGUGAUUUCGAGAUACACUUGAAAUAUCGCGCACAAUAGUAUUACGAGUUCUAUUUGAACGAUCAUCACAAUCAUUGAAAUAUUUUUCGUUGCAUUCCGAACGAUUGCCUCUUCUCUCGACUAUUCAUUAUCAGAAACUUAUUUCACUACUAUUUCAAAUAGUUAUUGUAAGGGUCCGCAUGCAAGAGUGUGUAAAUGAGUCCACCAAUAGUGGUUUAAAAAAAAAAUGUAUUUUGGAUAUGAUUUUUUUAAAUAAAAAGUUUAAGAAAGCAAGA